GAAAUUUUUUUUUAAAAAAUUAAAAAAUUGCUUAAUCGAGUCUCUUCAAGGAAAAACGGAGCACACCCUGCAAAUCUUUGCCAUUUUAGAUUAUUUUUUCUCUCUCCUUCUCUCACUUCAUCGUCACUUUCUCUCUCUACUAUCUCUCUCUUCGUUCUGGAAUUCGCGAACUUCAAUUUAAUUCAAUUCAAUUCGAUUUAGUUCAAUUCAAUCUAGGGUUAGGGUCUUCGAUUAGAGAGUUUAAUUCUGUGGCUUCAAUGGAACAGGUGGUGUCGGACUUGGGGUUAGGAGAAUUAGGGUUUCGGUAAUUGGAGUUUUCGGUUUUGAUGUUUUUGGACUGACGACGAUGAUGGCGGCGAAUCCACAGCCACUUCAGGCUCGUCCGUACGAGGAGCGCGUGGCGAUACAGAUCAUCGACGGCGAUGACGACGACGAGUACGAAGAUGGCGGUGGUGAUGAUGCUAUGGACGCUGGUGAUGAUGGUCAUAUGAGUUCGGUUAACGCUUCGGACCACGGAGGAGGUGUUGUGUUGGCGUCUCGAACCAGUGAGCUCACUCUUGCUUUCGAAGGAGAGGUUUAUGUGUUCCCUGCUGUUACGCCCGAGAAGUAUGUGUCUUCUCAACUUUUAUCUUAUUGGUCACCACUUCGCUACUCUUAUCAAUUGCAUCUGGUUUGGAGUAAGUUUAUUUUGACGCGAUGCAUGGAUUGUUGGAACUGUACUCAACAGGUACAGGCAGUGCUCUUGCUCCUGGGAGGGUGUGAAAUUCCUACUGGCGUGCCUACCCAUGAUGUUCCUUUUGAGCCUAAUAACAGGGGUGUGGAUGAUACCCCAAAGCGCUCAAAUCUUUCACGAAGAAUUGCUUCCCUGGUAAGGUUCCGUCAAAAACGCAAGGAGAGAUGCUUUGACAAGAAAAUUAGGUACACCGUGCGAAAAGAGGUUGCUCAAAGGAUGCACCGUAAGAAUGGUCAGUUUGCAUCAUUGAAAGGAGGUUCGGGGUCUUCUGGUUGGGAUUCUGCAAAGAGUUGCCUUCAAGGAGAUGGCACACCUUGUCAAGAAAUUGUUGUUCGAAGAUGUCAUCAUUGUGGUGUUAGUGAAAAUUCUACUCCUGCAAUGCGUCGUGGACCGGCUGGACCAAGGACACUCUGCAAUGCUUGUGGGCUUAUGUGGGCAAACAAGGGAACACUGAGAGACCUCAGUAAGGGAGGGAGGAAUCUUUCUUUGGACCAAAUUGAACCGGAAACACCGAUUGAUAUUAAGCCUAUGGUCAUGGAAGGAGAAAAUUUCGCUGGCAAUCAGGAUUAUCCUGGAACUCCUGAAGAUCCGAAGGUUCUAGCUGAAGGAACUGUUAAUCCCUCUGUCAACACAGAUGAGGAAGACUUGUGUGGAACUGCCGGAGAACUAGCAAACAGUUUGCCGGUGGGAAUGAUGGGUUCUUCAGACAACCUUGAUGAGCAGGUAUUUCUAGAUGAUUUGAUUAUUGGUUUCCAGAAUGCAGCCGAGAAACUCUGGUUGAGCUUGCAGAGGCCUCAGAAUCAGAGAUGGACAUUCCUGCUAACUUUGAUUAGACAAAUUAUUGAUUUCCCUCGUAAAGAAGAGUGACCACUGAGCUGUGAAUCGUCCGUCGGCCAUGACAUUGAAUGCUGAUUGCAGUUAUAUAUCCAACUCCGGGGGAGUCACUCCGAGGGUCACAACCGAAGAACAUGUUGGGGUGGUUAAUGUUGAUAUUAGCACUAGGAUCCUGUUUGUUGUAUGAGUUGUUGCAGAUAAUAUCGAGUGUCUAAACUAGUCUAUACAUGUGGUCAUUUGCCAAGGUUUAUUCUUAUUGAAAUUAUUUGAAAUC